UUUAAAAACAGGUGUAUACAUGAAACAUGACACUGUUUCCAAUUUAGGAUCCAAGAUUUUUGUUCCUGGGGAUGAAACAAGCAGUGUACCAGUUCUGCAAAAGUCUGAAGAUGGUUGUAUGUCUCUGAGGGUUCUACAGCCCGCAGAGGAUCUAGAAGACGUCCUGGACAUUGAACACUGCAAGGAGGACAGGGGCAUUCUGAGGAGACACAUUCCCAUUACCAAAGUGGACACUGUCUUAUUGUGGCUCCACAAAAGUCUGGUCAACCUCAGGGCUUUGGGAACCAACGAGAGCUAUCAGGAGCGGCUCUGUCGACUCGAGGGAGAUAAGGAAUCACUCGUGUUACAGGUGAGUGUGUUGACAGACCAGGUAGAAGCUCAAGGAGAGAAGAUCAGAGACCUUGAGAAUUCCCUUGAAAAGCACCAGCUCAAGCUGAACUCUGCCGAAGAAAUGCUGCAACAGAGUGUAGUGAAUCUGAUUAGCGAGCUCCAGGAGCAGAUGUGUAAGAUUCAGCAAGAGCUUUCUUCUAAAAUCCAAGAGAAAAAACCUGUAAAGAACCAGGACGAUGAAGACUCUGGUACUGAUGCUUCGCUGAAUGAACCAGCCGAGGCUGAAGGAACGUCUACAGGAGAGCAGAGCUCUGGAAAUUUCAGUUCUGAGGAGCUCUGUCACUGUGGGAAAGAAAGUAACCUGCUCCAGGAACUGCGGUUGCUCAAAAAUAAAGUCGAGGAACUUGAGGAUGAAAAGUCGCAGUAUGAGAGAAAACUCAAGGCAACAAAGGCAGAAAUCUCGGGGCUUCAGCAGCUUUUGCAGUGUAAGAAUGCGGAGAUCGAGAACCUUCAGGCUCAGCUCCUGUCCAGAUCUCCCAUGUCCAUUGACAUUGCAGAAAGAGAAGAGCUAUACAGGAGAAGGCUCAACACUAAACAUCAAGAACUUCUAAAAUUAAAAGCUGGAAUGGAAUUACUAAUUGCAGCCAAUGAUGAGAAGGAUCGGCGUAUAGAGGAGCUUUCUCUUCUCCUGAGCCAUUGCAGGCAAUUUCGAGACUGCAAAGCUUCGUUCCAACACACAGCCAGACCCAUGAGCAGCAGUGAGGAAGAAGAGCAAAGUGCACCAGUGAAGACCAAAGCUCUCACUAUCAAAGCUCACUCAGAGACAAUUUCAGUCACUUCCUCUCCGCUUCUUGCAUCCAAAAUAUCUGCUCAAAAGGAAACAGAAUCAAGUUGUCUCAGGUCACAGUCGAGGAAUUUGUCCGGCAGCCAGGAAGACCUGAAAAGUGAAGCAGAACAAAAGCCUCCGGCUCGGACUCCUGUAGAAUCAACAUGCUCAGACGAGAGUUCUCAGUCCAACCCGGAGAACGGGAAAUGCAUCCUGAUAGACUCUAAUAAAAGCGACAGCUCAGAGUCGAGGUCACAGGAAAGCUGCCAGGACGGAGACACUAAUCAGAGAAAAGCAGACAGAGCGGAAGAGCCGAGCGUCUGCGAUUCUUCACCCGUUUCGUCUGGGGUGGAUUCAGGAGAACAUUCUCCCGUCUCACAGGAAAACCUGAAGAACAACAAGAGCAUACGCAAACUGUGGGGAAAGAUCAGGAGGACCCAAUCAGGGGGUCUGGCCUCAGGAGAUGAUCUGGAGCCCACUACGUUUAGGAGGGGAGGAUUUAGAGCCACAGCUGGACCCCGACUGGCUCGAACUCCUGACUCGGCCCGAUCUGUCAGGGACAUGACUGUCCCGUUCUCCAACUGGACCACCGAGCAGGUGUGCGGUUGGCUGGAGGACUACGGACUCGGUCAGUACGUCAACUUGACGCGUCAGUGGGUGAUCAGCGGUCAGACUCUCCUCUCCGCCACACCACAGGAACUUGAAAAGGAAAUGGGAAUCAAACAUCCACUACACAGAAAGAAACUGCAGUUGGCUCUCAGGUCAUUCAACAACAAGACGAUGGAGAAAUCCUCGGAGCUCGAUCACAUCUGGGUGACACGAUGGCUGGAUGAUAUUGGCUUACCUCAGUAUAAAGACCAGUUCCAUGAGAGCAGAGUGGAUGGACGAGUGCUCCAGUAUCUCACAGUGAAUGACCUUCUGUUCCUAAAGGUCACCAGUCAGCUCCAUCAUCUGAGCAUCAAGUGUGCCAUCCACGUUCUCCACGCCAACAAGUUCAACCCACACUGCCUGCGGCGCAGACCAGGAGACGAGAAUAAAACGUCUCCGUCGGAGGUGGUCCAGUGGUCUAAUCAUCGUGUGAUGGAGUGGCUUCGCUCAGUGGACUUGGCUGAAUACGCUCCGAAUCUCAGAGGCAGUGGCGUGCACGGAGGGCUUAUAAUCCUGGAGCCUCGGUUUACCUCUGAGACUUUGGCCAUGUUGCUGAACAUCCCUCCUCAAAAAACUCUGCUCAGGCGCCACUUAACCACCAACUUCAACUCUCUGGUGGGAACCCAGGCUCAGCAGGAGAAACACGAAUACGCUAACGCCAGCGGGCACUCGCCGCUCACCACCACCGCUAAAGUCCGGCCAAAGAAGCUCGGCUUCACAAACUUCAGCCACCUGAGGAAGAGAAGACCUGAUGAUUCAGCAGACUAUAUUUGUCCAGUAGAAAUGGGAAUCCCAGCGGUUGUGAAUGGUUCGGUCCACUAGCUCGAACAUCACUGCUUCUUUGACUUUCUACUUAUCUGGAAACCGGAUCAUAACGAGAUCAUCGAUGUCCUGAUGUUCCCUCAGAACCCUUUCGUUCCUGUGAUUGAUUUUUUCACCUUGUCCUUUUAGAUCGACUGGAGGAUGGAGGAUUCCCACAUCUUCACCUUAUUUGAUUUAAAUUCCUUUUUUUUUUGGACAUGCUGGUCCCACUGGAUCUUCAAUGAUAAAUGCUUUACAUUAUAAAUACUGCAUUUCUUUCAUUUUCUUCACUUUUUCUUUUUAUGCCCAGAUAUUAUUUUUUUCUGUAUAUUUAUUCUCUGCAUUGAUACAUUUGUAAUCAUAAUUAUUGCUUAUUCUGAAGGCAAAUAAUUACUUUCAACAUACUUUCCUUUGAGUGAUCUGUUACAGGGAUAAAGUUUGUGUCAAAUAUUAAAUGUAAGAUUAAAUUUUAAGAUAAUAUUGAUCUCUUUA